CCCGCUCAACCAUCUCCCUCAGAUGACCACUCAAAGCCAUGAAUUUUCCAUUGACUGUCAAUCUCAUUAUGUUUUGUUUUGUUUCUUUAAAGCGCGUCGAGAUCCUUUAUGUAAUGAAUAGCGCUAAAAAAAAAAAGUUGAAUAAACUAUUAUUAAAUGUUGCUGUUGUUUCUGGCGAACAUUUUAUGUGGUUGCAAAACAAACGGAAGUGACUCGGAUGUCACUUCCGUUUUGUUUGUUGUGAUCCGCGAGCGGCGGUUUCUAUGCGAUUCGAAGCGGGACCGUUGAAAUUAUGAAAACAGCGACCACCGAACAUUUAGGGUUGUUCGAAUAUAAAUAGUUAAUGCUAAACCCAAUUUAAUUUAUGGGAUAUUAACAACAACAAAAAAAUAUUAUAAUUUGUAAGGAAUUAGCCAGCUAGCUAUGAAGCUACUUGUCGGACAGUGAACGUUUCCAACUAUUCGACGUUAGCUAACUAUAACUAGCUAACUAUAACUAGCUAACUAACUAGUACUGUACAGUGGCUAACAGUUAAUACAACCACAGACAAGGAGCUCGUUACCAGUAUAUGUCGUGCAACAGUCGACGUUGUUAGUACAAUCAUACAACUAGCUCGCUAACGCCUUUAACCGUCCUUGAACUCUUUUGAGUUCGCUAAUCCUUAAUCUUCGGUAAUUUAUAUGGUAAAUUAAUAAAUCUUCGGUAAUCUUCGGUAAAUUAUAUGGUAAAUUAAUAAAUCUUCGGUAAUCUUCGGUAAUUUAUAUGGUAAAUUAAUAAAUCUUCGGUAAUCUUCGGUAAGUUAUAUGCUCAGCAGUGAGCUGGCAAAAAAAAAAAAAGCAGAUCACUACUUGUUUGACAAAAGCGAGGUAGCUAACGUUUAUCUAGCUUCAAAAUGCCUGCGAAGAAGACGCCGAAAAACCCGUCGGUGAAUAUCUCCAGCUCCCUGGAGGAGUCGGAAGAGUUCAGCCUGGAGACCACGGUGCCCACGGAAGACAUCUCGUCGUCGGAGGAACGGGACCGCACCGGGACGCAGAAAGUCACCCGACAGCUCAUCGAGAGGAAAGAGCUACUGCACAACAUACAGCUGUUAAAAAUAGAGAUGUCGCAGAAAAAUCUCAUCGUAGAUAACAUGAAAGUGGACCACUUGACGAAGAUGGAGGAGCUGGAGGAGAGGCUGAAUGUUGCCCUGCACCAGAAACAAGUCCUGGCUCUGAGACUGGACAGCCAGCUGCAACUCACCCAGGAUGAGAGGAGGAAGCAGCAGGCUCUGAGGAAGCAGGAGAUGGAUGGGAUCCUCCUGAGACAGAAGCAGCUGGAGGAGACUAACAGACGGCUGUGUGACAAGGCAGGAGACCUGCGACGCAGCCUCAGGGACCUGGAGCUCACCGAGGACAAAUACAAGGAGCUCCGAGAUAUCCCAGAGGAGAGACUCUCUAUCACUGAAUACGUAGCGGUGUGUUUCUAUGAGGUGGUGAGUCCUCUCAAAGCCCAGCUCUCUGAGCUCCAUGUCAAGAGGAACAGCCUGACAGACGACCUGGAGACACAUAGGACUGAGAUCAAGGCCCUUAUGAAGAGUUACGAGGAGGAGCGCAGGGCGAGGUCAGAGCUGGAGAUCAGGAACCAGAGACUAACUCUGGAGCUGGCUGACACUAAAGGGCUCAUCCAGGAGGGAGACUUCAAGAGGGACAACUACUCUAACAUCAAACGUGAGCGUGAUGCGUUUGAGUGUGAGGUGAGAGAGUUGAGGAAGAGGCUGGAGCUGCUGGAGGUGACUCAUGAGGUCCAGACCAGGGAGAGGAAUGAGCUGAGUCGAGAGGUGUCUACUCUGCAGCAGACUGUGACCCUCCUCCAGAAGGAUAAGGAAUAUGUUCACAGACAGAGCAUGGAGCUGAAUGUGCGCUGUGCCCACCAGGAAGACCGUCUAGAGAGGCUGCAGACCCAGCUGGACGACGCCCAGAGGGCCAGGGAGGAGGUCUAUCACAAAUACAUCGCUUCUAGAGACCACUACAAGACAGAGUACGAGAAUAAACUUGCUGAGGAGCUGGAGAACAUUCGUCUGAAGACCAGCCAGGAGAUCGAUAGCCUGCAGAGGACCUCAAAGGAGAUGUACGAGAGAGAGAACAGGAACCUCCGUGAGACGCGGGACAACGCAGUGCUGGAGAAGGACAGAGCGACGACGGCAGAGAGAGAGACACAGACCAGAUACGACCAGCUACUAGAACAGAGGUGAUGGUGGAGGAUGAAUGGCACGACAACGGGUCCUCAUCAUGCUGAAACAGGAGGUGAUGGUGGAGGAUGAAUGGCACGCCAACGGGUCCUCAUCAUGCUGAAACAGGAGGUGAUGGUGGAGGAUGAAUGGCACGCCAACGGGUCCUCAUCAUGCUGAAACAGGAGGUGAUGGUGGAGGAUGAAUGGCACGCCAACGGGUCCUCAUCAUGCUGAAACAGGAGGUGAUGGCGGCGGAUGAAUGGCACGCCAACGGGUCCUCAUCAUGCUGAAACAGGAGGUGAUGGAGGCGGAUGAAUGGCACGCCAACGGGUCCUCAUCAUGCUGAAACAGGAGGUGAUGGUGGAGGAUGAAUGGCACGCCAACGGGGCCUCAUCAUGCUGAAACAGGAGGUGAUGGUGGCGGAUGAAUGGCACGCCAACGGGUCCUCAUCAUGCUGAAACAGGAGGUGAUGGCGGCGGAUGAAUGGCACGCCAACGGGUCCUCAUCAUGCUGAAACAGGAGGUGAUGGAGGCGGAUGAAUGGCACGCCAACGGGUCCUCAUCAUGCUGAAACAGGAGGUGAUGGUGGAGGAUGAAUGGCACGCCAACGGGUCCUCAUCAUGCUGAAACAGGAGGUGAUGGUGGAGGAUGAAUGGCACGCCAACGGGUCCUCAUCAUGCUGAAACAGGAGGUGAUGGUGGAGGAUGAAUGGCACGCCAACGGGGCCUCAUCAUGCUGAAACAGGAGGUGAUGGUGGAGGAUGAAUGGCACGCCAACGGGUCCUCAUCAUGCUGAAACAUGAGGUGAUGGUGGAGGAUGAAUGGCACGCCAACGGGGCCUCAUCAUGCUGAAACAUGAGGUGAUGGCGGCGGAUGAAUGGCACGCCAACGGGGCCUCAUCAUGCUGAAACAGGAGGUGAUGGCGGAGGAUGAAUGGCACGCCAACGGGUCCUCAUCAUGCUGAAACAGGAGGUGAUGGUGGAGGAUGAAUGGCACGCCAACGGGGCCUCAUCAUGCUGAAACAGGAGGUGAUGGUGGAGGAUGAAUGGCACGCCAACGGGGCCUCAUCAUGCUGAAACAGGAGGUGAUGGUGGCAGAUGAAUGGCACGCCAACGGGUCCUCUGGAUCUCACCACGGUAUCUCUGUGUGCAUUCAAAUUGCCACCUAUAAAAUAUAACAGUGUUCGUUGUCCGUAGCUCAUGCCUGCCCGUCACCAUAACCCCACCGCCACCACGGGGCGCUCUGUUUCACAACGUUGUCCGUAGCUCAUGCCUGCCCGUCACCAUAACCCCAGCGCCACAACGGGGCGCUCUGUUUCACAACGUUGUCCGUAGCUCAUGCCUGCCCGUCACCAUAACCCCACCGCCACCACGGGGCGCUCUGUGUCACAACGUUGUCCGUAGCUCAUGCCUGCCCGUCACCAUAACCCCACCGCCACCACGGGGCGCUCUGUUUCACAACGUUGUCCGUAGCUCAUGCCUGCCCGUCACCAUAACCCCACCGCCACCACGGGGCGCUCUGUUUCACAACGUUGUCCGUAGCUCAUGCCUGCCCGUCACCAUAACCCCACACCGCCACAACGGGGCGCUCUGUUUCACAACGUUGUCCGUAGCUCAUGCCUGCCCGUCACCAUAACCCCACACCGCCACCACGGGGCGCUCUGUUUCACAACGUUGUCCGUAGCUCAUGCCUGCCCGUCACCAUAACCCCAGCGCCACCACGGGGCGCUCUGUUUCACAACGUUGUCCGUAGCUCAUGCCUGCCCGUCACCAUAACCCUACCGCCACCACGGGGCGCUCUGUUUCACAACGUUGUCCGUAGCUCAUGCCUGCCCGUCACCAUAACCCCAGCGCCACCACGGGGCGCUCUGUUUCACAACGUUGUCCGUAGCUCAUGCCUGCCCGUCACCAUAACCCCACCGCCACCACGGGGCGCUCUGUUUCACAACGUUGUCCGUAGCUCAUGCCUGCCCGUCACCAUAACCCCACCGCCACCACGGGGCGCUCUGUUUCACAACGUUGUCCGUAGCUCAUGCCUGCCCGUCACCAUAACCCCACCGCCACCACGGGGCGCCCACACCAAGCCGUUCACGUGGUCUGCAGUUGUGAGGCCGGUUUGACGUUCUUCCAAAUUCCUCUAAAAUUACGUUGGCGGCAGCUUGUGGUAAAGAAAUGAACAUGAAAUCCUCUGGCAACAGCUCUGGUGAACAUUCCUGCCGUCAGCAUGCUCAGUGCAACCUCAAAACCACUGUCAUCUGUGGGCGUUGUGUUGUGUGACGACAACUGCACAUUUUAAAGUGGUCUUUUUACUGUCCCCCAGCACAAGGCGCACCUGUGUAACGAUCAUGCUGUUUUAAUCAGCGUCUUGAUAUGCUACACCUGUCAGGUGGAUGAAUUAUCUUGGCAAAAGGAGAAAUGCUCACUAACAGGGAUGUAAACAAAUUUGUGCGAAACAUUUUGAGAGAAAUAAGCUUUUUGUGCGUAUGGAACAUUUCUGUGAUAUUUUAUUUCAGCUCAUGAAACAUGGAACCAACACUUUUUAACGUUGCUUUUAAAUCAAAAUCAAAAUGUAUUUGUCAAAUGCUCCCGAAUACAACAGGUGUAGGUAGACCUUACAGUGAAAUGCUGAAUACAACAGGUGUAGUAGACCUCACAGUGAAAUGCUGAAUACA